AAUUAAAAAACUUUUGGAAUGCGUUCCAGAGCCCGACGACUGUUGAUAAAGAAGAAACAAAGGCAAUGGCGACGACAGAAGCAUGCCAAAGAGCGUGACAGGCAGGAGCAAGAAGCAGAAGCCAGGCGACUGGAAGACCCCGAAUACCACAAAUGGCUCCAAAAGCAGUCGGAGCUGGAGAAUUUCCAGCGUUUGGCUACCGAGCGCCAACAGCAGGAGGAGGAGGAAGCCUGGCUCCGACGUGAAGCACUCGCCCAGCGGCAAUUUCGUUUGGAUGCGGCCAAGCGGCGCCAGGAGGAGGAGGAAGUAGAACGCUUGAAGGAUGAAGAGGCAAAGGCGCUGACUAAACGAAAGGAGGAGCAGGAAAAGCGGCGCCAGGAACGACAAACGUUGGCCGAAAGAGCUGCCGACGAAUUCGAAUCGAUGAUGAAGAGCAUGGACGAAUAUCUGCACAACGCAAAGCUGGAAAAACCUCCGGAUCAUCUGUUGCGUAUGGUGGAGACGCACCCCGAAGAGCGACCAUGCGAGUUCUUCACUCGCACAAACUCCUGCCGCUACGGCCACAGCUGCACCUUUAACCACAGACGACCCAUGCUGGGAAGGAUCUUGUUGAUCCGCCACUUUUUCAGCCAUUCGCUGCUGCAUGACAAGAAAGUGCACAAGGAGUACGCCAGCGGCGAUGAAGGCUUGGAGAUGACUGAGCACGAUCUGCGCAGCGACUAUGAUGAGUUUUUCAAUGAUGCCGUCACAGAGCUGGAGAAAUUUGGGAAAAUUGUAAAUUUUCGUGCUUUGAGGAAUACGCUGGAACAUCUUAGUGGUCAUGUCUUUGUGGAAUACGCGAAUGAGAAGUGUGCCUUGCGUGCCUUUAUCAAUCUGCAAGGUCGUUACUAUGCGUCCCGGCGCCUCAACGUGGAGUUCUCUAAUCUUCACACCUGGCGUGGCGCGGUCUGCGGUUUGUCCUUAACACGCAAAUGUCCCAAAGGUAAUAGCUGCGGCUAUCUGCAUUUGUUUCGCAAUCCGAACAAUUUGUUCAACAAGGAUUUGGAGUACACGAAUACACCAAGAAGUGCCCGCAAUUCAGGAAAGUCUCCCAUGCCGAAGACUCCAAGCUGGAAUGACGGUGACGAUGAUAGAGCCAGGAACUGGCGCUGGUCGGAGAGUCCUGAAUUAGAACUGGAGAACUCCAAGGGAUUGGGCAAUCAUAUUCAGACGUCGAGAAGAGAGCACGAUCUCAAGAGUCCCCGCCGCACAGAGCAUCAUUCCAGAGCAAGAAAUGGCAGUGAUCGUAGGACAGACUGCAGCUCAUCCAGAUCUAAUCGCGAAUACUCUUCUAGAAGAGAUCGCAGCUCAUAUAAAUCAAAUACUGAUUGCCACUCCUCCAGAUCGAAUCGUGAUAGUAGUCCUAGCCCUAGAAUAUAUGGUGAAAAGUCCCCCACAUCGGUUAGAUCCCACCAGGAAUUGAGUUUCCACAGAGAUCACAAUUGCUCCAGAUCCCCUCAGUUCCAUCAAAGAUCUCGAAAAUAAAAACCACGGUAUUUAUUUAA